UCCAUUUUUCAAAUUUGCAUCGGAGACUGGGCGUGUGCCGUACAGAAUGUUGUGUGACCGAGUAUAAUUUUUAAAGUUUUCCGUGAUAUUUUUCGACUUUUGAAACAGAAUUAAGUUUCACAUGAUGCAGCGUGUGUUACUUGGUGUGCUGCUGUUAUUAUUUAAUGGAUUGUGUUACGGUCAGCACAAUUUCAACAAUGUGGAGCUGGGAACGGAGCUGGUCUGGUGCGCCAGCAGCGAAGUGGAGAUGUACAAGUGUCGCAACCUAACGGUGGCACUCGAGCGCGAUCACGGCCUGUUCGAUAACUACUUCCUGAAUGUGUCCUGCUACUUUGGCUUCGAUCAGGAUGAGUGUAUGCGGCUUAUCGACGAAGGAAAAGCUCAUGCUAUGAUGCUCGAUGCGGGCGAGGUAUAUACCGCUGGCCGUCACCAUUCGCUAGUUCCGAUCAUGCAGGAGGGAUACGACGGCGGUUUUACGCAGUACCAUGCUGUUGCGGUUAUCAAAAAAGAUAGUCUGAGAGAUGUUACCAACUUGAGACAUUUGAAGGGAAAGAAAGCAUGUUUUGCGUGGGUUGGCAGCUACGCAGGGUGGAUUGUGCCAAUCUAUACAUUGCAACGCGAAGGUGGGAUGGAUAUCACAGAUUGCAACAACCAUGUUAAGACUGCAACGGAUUAUUUUGGACCAUCUUGCGCCGUUAACGCUCUAGUCGACAAAUACAACCCUAUAGGAGAUAAUUCGGACAAAUUGUGUUCACUCUGUACCGGCAAGGUACCGGGUGGAAAGUGUACACCGUCCGAUCCCUAUGCAGGAUUUGAAGGUGCCUUCCGAUGUCUAUUGGAAGCAGGUGACGUGGCGUUCCUAAAGCAUACGACGGUGAACGAAAUGGUCGAGAGCGGUCUAGUACAUGGCGUCACGAUCGAUCAAUUCGAACUGCUGUGCAAGGAUGGCACAAGGCAGCCCGUGUCGGAAUACCGGCAAUGCCACUGGGGUAUGGCACAGUCUCAUGCCUUGGUUGUAUCCUCCGCCAGGAGUACGGCCGAGCGACGUCGGUACAAAAAGUUCUUCACCCAAGUAGUGAACCUUUAUUCGUCGAAGUCUAAGCGGUCGAACAGCACGUUGAGUAACCUGGAUGAUCGGUACCGCAACCAAAACGAUCGCUUCAACCCUAAUAGCAGAUUCGAUGGCGGUCGCGCAGAUGAUCGGUUCAAUCGCUUCACUACGAGCACUACGACUGAGCGUUACAACUACGGCGGGUACAACGACGAUCGCGGUUUCAACGAACAGAAUGAAACGCAGUUCUACGAAAAGUUUGAACUGUUCGAAUCGAGGAGAUACGGAAAACAGCUGAAUCUCAUGUUCCAAGAUACGGCACGGUAUCUGGCGCCGAUUGAAGAGAAUAACCAGAACUUCCAGAACUAUUUGGGCAGUGGGUUGGAUUACAUCUACGGAGUGCGAUCGUGUCCGGUGAGUCGGAUGACGUUAUGCGUAACUUCUGAACCAGAGAUGGAAAAAUGCAUCAAGAUGCGGACGGCAUUGAAAGCCCAACUCAUCAAACCGGAAAUGCAAUGCUUCAAGGCCCAUUCGCACGUGGAUUGCAUGCGCCAUGUAAACUCGGGCCAAGCCGACGUCGUCGUGUUGGAUGCCAGUGACGUCUACACGGGAGGACUAAAGUAUGACCUGCUGCCCUUCAUGUCGGAGGUGUACGACCUCGGUCAGCCGGAAUAUUACGUCGUGGCCGUAGCGAAGGAAGAUGAUCCGGACACCGAGCUGACGUAUUUGAAGAACAAGUACACGUGUCACUCGGGAAUCAACACUGCCGCCGGAUGGAUCUACCCCAUGGCAUACCUGAUCUCAAACGGAUGGAUUCGUCCGUACGGUUGUGACAGCAUUCGUGCGGCAGCUGAAUACUUCACAAAAUCAUGCGUUCCCGGAGCGAUCAGCAAUGAGUACAAUUCUGGAGUGCCUUAUGAUAAUCUGUGUGAUUUGUGCCAUGGAAGUAGCUUCCGCUAUUGUCGGCGGGAUGCCUCCGAGGAUUAUUACGGUAACACCGGAGCGUUCCGGUGUUUAGUGGAAGGAGGAGGACACGUUGCAUUCGUACGGCAUACAACCGUUGUAGAGAAUACCGGGGGAAAGAAACGAGAAUGGUGGGCAAGAAAUACACUUCCCGAUGAUUUUGAACUGCUGUGCCCGGAUGGAACCCGAGCGGAGGUCAAUGAGUACAAAAAGUGUAAUUUGGGAAAAGUUAAGGCCAACGCCAUCGUGACAAGAGGAGGACAUAGUUAUAAUGCGACUCAGUUGAAUGCCUUCAUCAAUCUUUUCACCUAUGCCCAACAGUUCUAUGGUCGAAGAGAUGCUAAUGAGUUUAGUUUCAGCCUGUUCUACUCGAAUCCACCGUAUCACGAUUUGAUUUUCUCGGAUGCCACGAGAGAACUGCGUCUCAUUCCGGGCGAUAGGCGUUGGUUCGAUGCCUAUCUCGGCGCGGAUUUCAUGAGAGCCAGGCGUAUCACCGAUUGUCAUGCAGGUGCGAGCUCUUUGAAACUGAAUACAAUAAAUGUGGCCUUGCUAAUAAUAGCACUAGUUUACAAAAUAAUAGUGUAGAUAGUUUAAUAUAUACACCAGAUAAGUAUUGAGUGACAUUCCGUCCUUAGGAUUAAUACUGUACAAACGCGAAUAACACCAUCCGUCCUAGAUUUUUGUCCAUAACAACAUUGACUUACUAAACUUUUUUUUUCUCCAUUGCGCAUGUUGCAUUUUUAAUAGUUAGCUGUGAAACAAACUGACGCAUUUUAUCUAAAUUGUUAUCUACAGCGAAAAACUGAAUCUCCCGGAAGUUAGAGAUCCAAUGACAAACAUACUCGAAGCCAGAGUAAGAAAAAAAAAAUUUAAACAUAGGUUCAACGAAAUUUAAGAAUUCUCGCUAUUAAUAAAUUGAAUGAUAUUUUUAA